AUGUCUUUCCUACUAUUUGCUCGUCGACAUUCAUUCGUCAAACCCAUAAUAUCGUUUACUUGUAAGCCAAAAUAUUCUACAAAUAAGAAACCUGUUAGUAUAAAGAAAAUCGAACCAAUUGGUUGGUUUUUACUGGUAAUACCGAUAUCUACAUUUUCUUUAGGCGUGUGGCAGGUACAACGGAAGAAAUGGAAGGAAGACUUAAUAGCAGAAUUAAUGCAAAAAACUAAUAGCGAUCCAGUAAAACUACCGGACGAUUUAGAAGACAUGAAAAAUUUGGAGUAUCGACCCGUGCACGCGAGAGGUACUUUUCUGCACGAUAAAGAACUCUACAUCGGGCCCAGAUCUCUGUUAUUUGAAGGAGAUGCUUCAUCGAAGAGUUCCUUAAUGACCACAAGUGGUUCGAGGAGUCAAGGUUAUUUAGUAGUCACUCCCUUUAAACUGGAAAACAGAGAAGAUAUCAUAUUGGUGAAUAGAGGAUGGGUGUCACAUAAAAAUAAAAAUCCCAAUUCCAGACAGGAUGGUCAAGUGAAGGAUGUUGUAGAUGUAAUUGGUAUCGUAAGGAAUAAUGAAAUUCGACCGGUGUUUUCUAUGAAGAAUAGAGAAGGAAGUAACGUUUAUUUUUAUAGAGAUUUAAAGCACAUGGCUGCAGUUACGGGAGCUGCUCCAAUUUUUCUAGAUGCUACCAAAGAUUUUGAUGUUCCCAAAGGACCUAUAGGAGGUCAAACGAGAGUUUCCCUAAGAAACGAGCACAUGUCUUAUAUUUUGACUUGGUUUUCCUUAAGUGCUGCUACCAGUUACAUGUGGUUUAAAAUGUUUGUUAAAUAA